GCCUGCAAAUGACUUGACCUUCCCAUCACUCAAUUGUGUCUUUGACAGCAAAAAUAAAAUUAUAAAAAAAUGUCCAGAAAUAAAUCAAUCGGUGAUCUUUUGAGAAGUAUCAGGCGACCAACAAAGUUAGACGAAUUAAGUAACUCAGUAUCAAAACCAAAAGGAGCGAUCCCGAAAUUUGGUUUACCAAAAUGGAAACUAAUGCCGCUGGAUUCAAAAUUACCGCUGGUACCUGGACCAAAGGGCGCUUAUUAUUUCACUUGUAAAAAAUUGGGCCAGCAAUUAUACGGAUGUAAAAACAAUGAGUUCAAUUUGACUGAUCCUUACAACAAUGAAAUAAAUUUCUACGCGUACAAUUCACUGCACGACAGACAUCUCGCUUAUUAUUUUAAUAAGGAGAAUAAAAUUAAAUAUUUGGUCGAACGCGGGUUCAUUUCAAAUAAUUUGGAUGUUGUCUGUACAAUCAAGGAGUACAAUAUGUACCGGAAGUACUUGAAAAAGGUCCACGGUGAUGAGAUAAAGAAGGAAAUUAAUCGACGGGAUGAAAUUACGCAGGACAGCCGCGUGCUUGAGAGAGCGGAAGUGGAAGCCAAGAAAAAUAUCGCCAAACUUAAAAUGCGCGAGCAGAAAAAAAAGAUGAGGAGUAAAAUUUUGCGGGACACGAAACGGAGAGAGAGAGAAAAAAUACGGGAGGUAAAAUUGCGGGAGAGGAGGAGGGAAAAAAAAAUUAAGGAGGUCGAGGAGAGAAAAAAGGAACGAUUGAGAGAAAUAGUCCUGAGAUCUAGGAUCAGAUCUGAGAGAAUAAGACAGAAACGUGCAGUGCAAGCGCAAAAGUUGAAAAAUAAGUUGGUAAAUAUUUUAUGGAAGCGAAUUAGGAGAGAACGUCGGCGGAAAAAAUUUAGACGGGAGAGAAUUAAGAAGGAGACCGAAGUGAAACUUAAAGAAAUCCAAGACAAAUGGCAACAGAGGUAUCAGUUUCAGAAAGACCAGAUUGCUAAAGAAAAACUCGCUCUCCAAUUAGACAGACAACGACGCGAGCUUUAUAUUAAUAAUUAUAAUAAAAAAAUUGCUGACGAAAGACAACGAAUUGAAGAAGAGUCUAAAAAGUACUCGGAAUUUUUGGAACACCAGUCAGGUCAUAAGAAAAAAAAUAAAACGUCUCAGAAACCGCAGAUUAAAAAGCGAAUUAUGAAUAAAAAUAAUCCAGACGGGAAUUUUAUUAAUUGCCGCUCGUGUUUGAUGACCGAUAAAUGUAAAUGUUAAUAACCAGAGGACAUUUAUAAAAUACUUACAUCAAU